UGAAUUCAUAAUGUCCAGAUAUCGGCAACACGGACUAUUUUCAAGAACAAGCAUCUUUUGUGAUUAUAUAUCUCACUCUGCAAACAAAACAAAGUAUUAGUUCCAAAUUGUAAAUACAAAUAACGAUUUAAUCUAACAAGUUAUCUGUUCUGAGUAGUGAUUUACUUAGAAAAAAAAACAUCGAAUAUUUACCGAAAAUGAAGAUAUUUUUGGAGUGUUACGAAAUGUUUCGUACACAGUGCAUGCAAAUAUUCUAUGGAUAACUCUAAAUAUGUUUGUUGUUCAGUAUAUGAUUUGCUGAGCUUUCGUCAAGAUUCGAACUCAUGUCACUUCUGCAGGAAGCGACCUCUAUACCAAGGACCGUGGUAUCGGAGUUGAAGUCAAGGAAUUCCUGAUUCGGAGUUGACUCCGGUUACUGAGAAGUUAAAGGGUCACCAUGGCUCAGGGGAAGGAGUGCUCCCUCCCAAUGAUGGAAAAUGGUUAAACUAUGGAUCCUGAUGAAAACUUUAAAGGAAGUGAAGUAAAAGGAUGUUCAAAUAUUGAUGAGCAAGAAAAUAAUGAUGAAGGGCAAGGUGAAAACCCCCCAGAAGAGAUGAACGUUGAAGCUAUAGAUGACACUAAUUAUGUUACCAUAGCAGUGCGCGAUGAGGAUGAUCAAAAUGGAGAGCAAGUUUAUGGUUAUCUGGACACUAGAAGUGCCACACUAUUUGUACAGAAUCAUCUUGAAGGUGGCUCUCCACAACUCUUUCUAACGCAAAAUGAAGAUGGCAAUGAAAUUUUUGUUGUCAUGAACGAAAACGGUCACGCAGUGCUACAGCAAGAUGUAGUUUUAGAAUCAGUACAGAACCUAAGGAGUGGUGAUGGCACUGGAAUAAAUUGUCCAGCUCUGGAGUUGGGUGAAUGUUCUGGUGAAAAUUCAGGUGCUACUGGUGUAGAUAUUAAAUCAAAAACUGAUUGUGCUGGGGAAGAUAGUGACAUUUCUGAAACUGCUGUAUGGGCUAUAAGAGACAAUGUUCCUGGACAAGAGAACGCAACCGAAAUGGUCUUCAUCCCCGCACAAUCAAUUAUUUCAUCUCAACUCAUAGCUGAUAAUGACCCUAAUCAUCGAUUGCAUUUAUCUGCUAAUGAACCUUCUACUAGUAACAAUGCACUUCUGUUGAACCAACCUCCAGACGUUGCCAGGAGUAUUUCGGAAAAUUCGGUUAUCGUGUCGAAGCAUUUUUCCGAUGUCGAAUCCCCUUCCGAAAUAGAAGAAAGAGGGAAUGAGGAAGAUUUAGAUAAUCCUCUAUCUGUUGAUGACGAUACUAAUGAUCGCCUUACACAAGAUUCAGACCAAACCGGCUCUCAAUAUUCAUUAUAUUCUGGUUCCCGAACUAUCGACAAUGCGGUAUCUGUUAUACAUUCUCCUUCUUCUUACAAUAGCUUAAACGGCAAUGGUUUCACCUCUCUAAAAGGUAGGGAAUUUGAUGACAGAAAAGAAUUUAAUCAUGAAGAGGCAUCUCAUCUUGAAGAUUCUUAUACUGGAAAUAGCUCCCCGGAGCAGUCUUUCCAUUUGACAUCUGAUAAUAAAUUAUUAAUUGAUGAGGAUAGUAAUACUAUGUCUUCUCAGACGAGUGGCCUUGAUCUUAGCAAAGAUUCUAAAGUACGGUAUUCUAUACCUGCCUGUGAUACUCAAUUUCCUAAUGAAGAACUUAAAAGUGUUCCAGAAUCACCAGUGCCAAAAGAUAGAAUAGAAGAAGAUUCAGAUGUUUCCAUUGACCGUAUUUCUAGCAAAGCGUCAUCUGUUAUUGUUGCAAUGGAUGAAGAAUCUAAAGGAAGAAUUGAUGGGCAUGAUGACGACUCGACAUUGGAGAAAGACGAUUCAUCGAAUGCAGAAACCACAGAAAUAGAUGUUUCUGAGAAAGAAAUGCCGUUGAAUGAAGUAUUAGCGCAUCCUGGUGAAAAAGAAUCUGACAAGGAUGAAUGUGCAAUUGAAAUUGAUGCUUUAUCAGAAGACAUCUUUGAGUCAAAUUCUGAAGAAAUGCAGAGGUGCUCUGAAGAGGCUAAUUUUCUUUAUAAUAAUGAUCCUUUGGGGGAAAAGAAGGCUUAUAAUCGCCGCAAAAGGGAUAUUCCUUCUGCCUUCAACCAAGAGUGUUUACUCCCCAAAAAGAAAUUUAGAAUACAGCCGGAUAUCGAGCAGGAGAUAGCUGAAAUUUGUGAAUCUGGAAAUAAUUUUCAUAACAUCGUAAAGGGAAUGGAUUAUGAUUCUCUGCCCUCUAAAAAAAGUCAAAACGAAAGUAACGGAGGAUUAUCCAGCGUGCAAGCGAAUGUAGAAUCGAACAUUGUGUUGAAGGAAAUAGAUUGUAAUUAUCUCUCUGUGAAAAGAUUCCAAAAUAAAAUGGAAAAUGGCAAUGAACAAGAUGAAUUAUCUGAUUCACUUGCAGAGAAUGCAGAGUCAGGCAUUAUGUUAAAGGAAAUUGAUGAAGAGCAUAUUUCUGUUAAAAAUUGCCAAAAUGAGAUUGAAAAUGGAGAUGUUUCUAAUGAAGUAUCUGAAGAACUGAACACAGAAUUGAGUGAAAGUUCAGAUACUGGUGAUAGCACUGAAUCACCUUCUGUGAGAAAAUCAAGUGCAUCUGAAGUUCCUUCUGAACAAAAUAGUGUUACACAAGCUCCGCAAGUUAGCUCCCUGCAGCAAAACGGCGAAGAAGAUGAAAUAGAAAAAUCUGUUGCUCAAAGUAAUCAUGAGAAGGUGACCAGCACUCCAAUUAAUGAAAAAAGGAACCUGGAUGUUUUUGACUUGUCCCCCGACGACACCUUCGUCCUUCCCCCAAAAAUUACUUACACUUCUAGAAAGAGAAAAAGAAGUCCCUCUCCUGAAGAAGAAGAACUCAAUGUCCAAAAAAUCAAUAGUGAACUCUUCUCCAACAGUGGAGAAAUUAGUGACAGCUCUAAAGAUCUUAGUGUCGUAAAUAGUGACACUUCUGAGAUAGCAAAUGAGAGUGAGCAAAGCGUGCAAAUUGACGAUGAUGAUUUUAUAUCUCCUGUAAAUAUUAAAAUUUCUGCGAAUUAUACUCGUAAAAGAAAAAGCAUGCCCCCUGUGGUGCGGGAAGUGAGGACUCGCAGUUUAAGACCUCGUCAUUCUGCUGCCAGUGAUUCUUCAGAGAUCGAUUCUCAAACCGAAUCUGUGUCGGCUGUGGGUAAGACAAACAGUGAAAAUGAAGCUAACAAUGAAGAGCUUAACUGGGGUAAUAUAUUAUUGAGCACUUCAUUUCGAACGCCAUCAGAUUCUAAUAGUUCGUUAGACCCUAAAUCUCCUAAAAGGAAAUCUAGUGCUAAACUUAAGAAGGAAAGGGUGACCAAAUCUCCAGCAUCAAAAAGUGAAGAACAGUGGGAAAAAUUUAUAAAAAGCUCUUCCCCUAAGAAGGUAAAAAGCAUAGAAAAGAAGAUCAGGGAUAAGGUAAAGAAGCAAGUUCGAACUUUGUGUAAUUCUGAAAAGUUUAUCUCCCAGUUCGAUUUGUCUUCGACGACCGAGAUUCCUAGUCCUCCUCCCAGAAAGAGAAAAAGUUCUAAAAAGGAGCCGGUAAAUAACAAUAAAAAGCAGACACCGGUGAGUUCCUCUAAAUCACGGCGAAGCGCCCGAGUGGAUGAGAAUGAAGAGCUCUCUUCUAAAGUUUCAGGAACUAAGUUCGUGAAUGAUAAACAACCUACCACAAUAAUGACAGCUUCUAAUAACAGCCCUAACACCAGUAAUAGUAGCAUAAAUUCAAGGGUGAGUUCAGGUGAAAUAAAAGAUUUCAACUGUUCUAACUGCUCUUUCUCUACGAAUAAAGUGAACAAUCUGAUAAUGCACAUGAAAUUUUGUGCUCAUAAAGAGCCACCCGGUCGAUUGUUGGAUUAUAGCGUCAAUGAUAUGGAUCGCCGACAAAGGAUUCGAGGGGAAGAUGGGAUAGAAAAUUGUCGAGACAGGAGCAAGAGUUACUUAUCGAAUGGAGACAGUAAUGAGGCAUCUUGUUCCACUGCUCGAGAACAUGUCCUAGAGGAUUCUGAUGAUGACACUGAUAAAGAUGAUCGGCUACAAAAAAGAUUUGGUUAUAAAGAGAAGGCUGUUGUAUGGGUUCAAAUCAAAGACCGCUAUUGGCCAGCAGUGAUAUGGCGAUUCAGUAGGCGCAAGGCUCAUGUCUUUUUAAUCACUUCAUCAUUAACUUAUGAAAAGUAA